CUGAAGCAGAACUGAGAUCACCGAUAAAAGUCAACCUUCUCAACCGACUGUCAAAGUUUCAAAUUUCGGCCUUCGCCUUCAUCAACAAAUGAACAGCCGUUUGUGACUAUUCACAGUCACGUUUAUGCGCAGGGGUCCAAAGAAAGGAAAAGGGAAAGGAGGUCCUGUCGAUGGGGUUGACACCACGAGCAUGUCUAGAGAACAACUGGAAGCAUUUUCCCUGAGACUGAGAGAGGAGUUGGACAGAGAAAGAGAAGAGCGAAAUUUCUUCCAACUAGAGCGGGACAAGCUUCGAACAUUUUGGGAAAUAACAAGGCAACAGCUUGAAGAAAAUAGGGCUCAGCUAAGAAACCAGGAUCGUGCACAAGAUGAAAAUGAAGAAAAACACCAAUCAGAGAUUAAGACAUACAAGCAAAAAGUCAAGCAUCUUCUCUAUGAGCACCAGUGCAACUUAUCAAAUGUCAAGGUUGAAAGAAUGGUUGCUCUUAAGAUGGCUCAGGAUGAGUACACAGCUAUGGAAAAUGAAUUACUUAAGGACAAAAAUGACCUGAAGACAAAACUAAGAGAGCAAGAGCUAGCCCACCAGGAGGUGGUGCGUCAGUUAAAAAUGGAACAAAGUGCCGAGAUCAGCAAGAUGCGUGAGCAGUUCUCUCAAGAUUCUGUAGAAUUGGAACGUAAAUACGAGGCUCGUCUCACAACUCAGUCUGAGGAUAUGGGUCUGCAGCAGUCAAUGGAAUUGGCUGAGGUGGAACAACGUAAAAAUCGUCAAGUGGUUGAGCUAACUAAAAGCCAUGAAAAAGCGUUCAAUGACAUGAAGAAUUACUACAAUGAGAUCACUUUAAACAAUUUGGCACUCAUCAGUAGUCUCAAGGAACAAAUGGAAGAGUUAAAGAGUGGGCAUGAACGAAUGGAGAAGCAGCUACGUGAAGUUCAGGGAGAAAACAAACGACUCACUGAACCUUUGAAGCAAGCUCAAUCUGAACUGACAAACUUGCAGCGUCAGUUAGCAAGUUACGAGCAUGACAAGAUAACACUUGCUAAUACUAAACAACGUCUGGGUCUGGUAACAAAAGAACUGGAAGAGUUGCGAUGGGAGAAUGAGGUCCUUGAACUUCGUUUUGAAAAGGUUGAGAAGGAACGUAACCGCCUGCACGCCGAGUUCGUGGGGGCGGUUCUCGAUGUGCAGCAGAAGUCGGGGCUGAAGAGUGCCAUGCUGGGCAAGAAGAUGGCAGACCUCCGCGGCGGCGGCGCGGUGAGCGGCGCGACGGUGAGCGGGGACCUGCAGGCCGAGCUGGCGCGCGCCGUGCAGGCCCACGACGACCUCCUGGCGGCCUACGAGUCCAAGCUGCGGCACCACGGUAUCCCGACGGACGACCUGGGCUUCAAGCCGCUGCGCUCCGCCACCAAGAGCUCCCCGAAGAGCGCCGCUCCUGGACAGCCUCCCGGAAGCCGAUGACGAGCAUGGUGGCGGCACGCACGGCACCCCUUCAAAAUUUUCAUUGUCGCACGAAUAAUGGCACCACGAUACAUUUCUUUCCGCUACAGUCCCUUCCCGAUUCAAGGGCUUUUUUCUACGUGCACGUGCACCUUUAUUGAUUGAGCCUCCGCGCAAGGCCAAGUUUUUAGACUACUUUUAUGCAAAGCCAAACACUGUGAUUAUUUAUUUUAAAACUUUUUUUUAAUACAUUUU